UGGUGUAUUGGAGGGUAUACGCGGGUAUACGUCGUAUACCCGGAUCCCUAUUUUUGGAUUUAUGCGUAUACCUUUAAGAAAAUUAGUCAUUAAUGGGUAUACGCACGCUUCUAAUUUAUCAUCAGACAAUUUAGUCAUAUUAUCACCAAACAAAAGUAAAAACUUAAAAAUAAUAAUUAAAUUUUACCCUACUACAAGUUCUUGCGAAGACGAUCGGAAACUGCCGAGCGUAUAUACAAUCAAUGUACAGCGGUUCCCAAACUGUGUACCUACUAAGUUUCAAAAAUAUAUUGUAAACCACUGCUUUAUCGUGUAUACCUAUUACCUACACUGAAUCGGUCGCGGUGUGCCGUGUAUGGUUAAUCUAAUAGUUAAAAAUAGAUCCAUAGUCAAAAAAUCGUGUACGAUUAUUGAUAAUAUAAAACAAUAAACAUACGUAAUUUCAAACUAAAUGAUAAUGACAAAUUGGAAUAAUAAUAAAAUAAUUAUUGUUGAUUUAUUGUGUUAUUACUUGUCAUCCAAUAACCAAAUUAUAAAAUCGAACUAUUAGUUUCUUAUUAUAUUAAUUCUAUUAAUUUUGUAAAAUAUUUUAUAUAUAAAUAUAUUAUAAUAUUAUAUGAUCGAUAAUGGAUAAUAAACGUACCGCUACUUCACAAAAAAUCACUAAUUAUUUUUCUGUGCCGUCGACGAAAAAACAUAAACCAACACCAACUGAUGAUGAAGUUGCAAUAACUAAUAAUCCGUCAGAAAGUAAAAAAGAAGUUACAGUCAAUAAUGAUGUUGUCUAUACAUUAGAUUCUGCUACUAAAACCAUUAAUGAAGAUUUGGUAACUCAGUGGCCACAGGAUUGGACCUUUGAGCAGUGGCAAUCAAAAAAAGAAAAAUAUGCUUGGAUGAAUUGUCACAAUGGUAAAAUUGGCUGCUCCAAUUGCCAAAAGUUUAGUAAUAUACACAAUUCUAAUAAUUCUGCUUUUGAAAUAUCUCCAGAGUGGUCUCUUAGUCUUAUUAGUGGGGGAACUAGUAAUAAUAAAAAAACUAGACUUUCUGUUCAGAAUUUAUCAGUCUUUAAAACAGCUUACUAUAUAGCAAAAAAUAAUAGACCUUACAAUGAUCAUUUUCAACUUUUGGAGUUGCAAGCACUUAAUGGUAUUGAUAUUGGGAAUACGCUUCAUUCAAGAUUUUCAUCUACUUCUAUUAUAUCUCACAUAGCAAUUGAAAUGAAAAAAAAAAUAGUGUGCAACAUUGUUAAGUCUAAUUCAAAAUUAUCAGUUUUGAUUGAUGAAUCAACCACAUUGAGUACAAAAUCUACUAUGGUUGUAUAUAUUAAAGCAUCUAUAUCUUCUGAAGAUCCUAUUUUUAUAUUUUUAGCCCUUGUUGAACUUAAACAUCAAACAGCAGAAAAUAUAGUUACCCAGCUUAUUGAUUGUUUACAUGAAUCUGGAUUUAAUAAUGAAUAUUUAAUAAAUAAUUGGAUAUCUUUUGUCAGUGACGGAGCAAGUGUCCUUUUAGGAAAAAAGGCAGGAGUUGCAAAGAGAUUAAAAGAUAUAUAUCCAUUAAUAUUUAGCUGGCAUUGUUUAAACCAUAGGCUGGAACUUGCUGUUAAUGAUACAAUGAAAGAUUUAAACUCUAUUAAUCAUUUUAAAUCAUUUAUCGACUCUUUUUAUGUUCUGUAUAAUAAUUCGCCAAAAAACACUAAUGAAAUUAAAGAUGUCUGUAAUGAAUUGAAUAUUAUAUUUGUAAAAGUUGGAAGAGUUCUUGAUACUAGAUGGGUAGCAAGCAGCUGGAGAGCUGUCAAUGCAGUAUGGAAGACAUUUCCUGCUCUAAGUAAGCAUUUUUAUAACUCUUCUAUAGAUAAAACUAAAGAUUCUAAGACAAGAAGUAAAUAUUUGGGUUUAUAUAAGAAAUUGUGUUCACCUGAAUUUUUGUAUGAUUUAUCUUUAAUGUGUGACGUGCUUUUAGAACUUUCUAAUUUAUCUUUGAAUCUUCAAAAACAAAAAAUAACUCUUAUGGAAGCAAAUUUAAAUAUUAAAAGAUCAAUUAGAAUUUUAGAAUCUUUUAAAGAUAAUAUAGGAGAUCAUAUGAAAGAAGUUGAAGUGGCAAAUAAUGAUAUGAUUUUCAAAAAUGUAAAACUAAUAAAUUAUUCAAAAAUUGUACCAAUUAAAAAAAAUCAGUUCAUAACUAGUAUCUGUAAUAAUCUAAAAAGUAGAUUAUUAGAAGAUACUAAUGACUUAAGUUUAAUGAAAGACAUCACAGUUCUUGAUAAAAGUACUUGGCCAGUUGAUAUAGACAUAAGGUAUGGUGAAGAAGAAGUCAAACGUUUGUGCAAACGUUUCAUGUUAAACAAGAAUAAUGCAAUAAGCGGAUUGAGAGUAUACAUUGAUGAAGAUAAAUACCCUCAAGAUGUAUUUCCAGAGUUGAAUAACUGUAUUAAAACUUUUCCUUGCUCAACUGCUGAAUGCGAACGUGGUUUCAGUGUUUUAAAUUUAAUUUGCACAGAUCUUAGGUCUACAUUAAGCAUAACUAAUAUUUCAAAUUUGAUGUUGAUAAAUAUAAAUGGACCCCCACUUAAGUUAUGGAGCCCUGAGUCCUAUGUUAAAAGUUGGUUAGUUCAACAUAGAUCAGCAGAUGAUACCAGAACAAAAAAAUCUACAAAGAAAGAAGAAGAUACAGAUGUUUAUAAAAGAAGUUUAUGGACAAUUGUUAAUUCUUUAAAAUGAUUUAUAUAAUAUUUAAAUUUUGAUAUGUUAUUAACAUAG